GUAAUAUAUUUUUUUAACCAAGUUUAAUUUAGUUAAUUCAGAGGGAGAGCCAUCUACUACGUAUCUGUGGCAGCAGCGUAGCAGCAGCAGCAGCAGCAGCAGCAGCAGCAGCGCAGAUAGAACAAGAUAGAAAGAAAACGAAACAUGGCCGAUAUGUAUUUUGUUUGCGCUGCUAUUACGCGCGGUACCGAGUUAUUUAAUUAAUUUUUCGAUGUAAUUACGCGUAUCGUUUCACGGUCUUGAUCUCGGUCUGCGGUCCAGACCGCAGAGAGAAGAAUGAACGCUACGAGCCUUUACGUCUCAACGUGUCGGUUAGUUCUACAAGCGGACGCCGACGAUCCAAACUCGUGGACAGAUCUGUACAGGCUAGUUCCGUAUUUACGACAGAGUUUGAGUUGCACCGUGUGCUCGAAUUUGUUAAUCGAACCUCACACACCGACCGAAACGAACUGUCAACAUCACGUGUGCCGUGGUUGCAGGGGUGGACGGAAAAAACUGAAACCCUCGUGCGGUUGGUGCAAGGAUUACGACAAAUACGUCGAGAACGUGCAAUUACGAAUACUCUUACAGUGUUACAAAAAGUUGUGUGAAUAUUUGACGAACACGAACAUUUACCGAAGUUUGAUACUUUCAGUGUCCUCCUCUAACAAGACAGGUAACAACAAUGCGACGGCGGCAGCGGCGUCGACGGCAAUCGGUGCCAGCAGCAGCCUCAUGGAACUUGUCCAAGAGGGUUCCGGCUUCAAAGACGAGUUUAAGAGUACUGCCGGUUUGUCAAAAUCGGCAUAUAGCAUCCUACCCUGUGUUUAUACCAGCACUACCUCUACUCAGACUCAAGGAAAUGUUAUUCAAAACUCCGAAGCUGUGUCCCAGCAGAGUAUAUCUGAAUCACCUGCCGCCAUACGUACGGUAUCCAAUGGAUCCUCGAUAUAUUCGGUGAUGUAUGCUGGAUCCGGUAAUAAAAUAACGAUAAAGAGGAAAUCAGCAGCUGUGGACGACGCAGAAGUUGGACAGACUCAACAACAGCUGCAGGAUAUCGAUGGAAAUCCACACGGCUCUGUAGGAGGGGUAAAAUGUAUUCCAUCUUCCCACCUUAAAUAUGGGACUCCCUCUAAGAAAAAAUCUUCAAAGGGCAGCAAAUCGUCUGCUUUCAAAAAGCCAAGAUCCAGCUCUACUCGAGGUAAAAGGAAAGGCUGUAGAUGUGGUAAUGCUACAGCGAUACCGGGAAAGUUGACUUGUUGCGGUCAACGAUGUCCCUGCUACGUCGAGAGCAAACCUUGCGUCGAGUGCAGAUGCAGAGGUUGCAGAAAUCCGCACACGGCGGAUGGUUUGAAGAUUCGUCCGCACAUACCCGAGUUACAUAAUUUACAAUUGCAACUGUCGACUUCUUUGGAUUGCGGCGCACUAAAUUCGGAUCCCUUGGGAUCCGUACCUCAGUGUCUUUCGACUUCUCCGACAACGAUUCAAGUAUUAAACGUUUAUUCGACGCCGAGGUUGGAGAUCGACAACGUGCCGCAAAGUCUGCCGGCUGCCUUGUUGGUGGGAGAAGAUGCUAUGAUCAGUACCGAGAGCGAAGCCGAGGACAGCGAUAUACAGAUCGACGUGUGACGCUUCGAUAUCGACCGAUUCUCCUGUACCAUUAAUAAUAAUAACACGUGUAAAUAAUAAAGGAUUUACUAAUUUUGCAGUCGAA